AGAGAGAGAUAUAUGAAGAGCUAAAAAGAGGUCUUCAUUUUUCACAAGCAAGCAACACCAAACCAAAUUCGCAUCUCUCAGAAAAUAUCUUAGAGACUUCUAGAUCCUUCUUCUUCUUCUCCUCCUCCUCCUGCAAUACCUCUCAGUUGAAUCUUUCACACAACCAUGAUCUCCGUAGUAAUCAUCGCCGAGCUAUUGGUAGAAUACACAGCCGCUCUCGCGAAACUCACCGCCGGGAUCUUUCCACCGAGACGACAAGGGGAAAGCAACGUCUUACGGAUCGCUGGUUUCUCUCUUCCUUGUCCUUCUCCGUCGAGUAGUACUAGUAGUGCUACUAGAUCCUCGCCGAUCCCGGACUUCUCUUCUCAUCUCGUUGAUUUCUGAUCAUCUAAUCCAAGAUUACACGGACGGCUGAGAUUUUUCCACGUCUCUCUCUCUUCCUAUGGAGAGAGUUUUGAAUCGUUUUUUAGAGCUUUUGUAAAUCUGUAUAUCGGAAAAAUUAAUAGAGAUUAUUAAUUUUGAUUAACUCUUGAUUUUUGUUC